AUGAUCAUAAGUUAUCAUCUGGUUGCAGUGAGCAGAAGUUAGAGUUGCUGACCUGUUCCUGCUUGCGACAGAGCCACCAGCAGCACCAUGGCCCAGAGCGUGCUCUACGCCGACCUGAGAUUUGCCAAAGGGCCAGGGGGCCACAGCACAACCAGCCAGGUGCUGGAGGCAGACAGCGUGGAUGACACAGACAGCCCCUAUGAGAAUGUUGUACCGGGACCAGCACCCGUGGGGACGGCAGGGGAAGGGACCCAGCACAGCCCAGGGCACUGGUCCCGACGGCGCUGUGUCCCUGUGGGUCUGCUGGCAGCCAUGCUGCUGCUGUUGGUGGCCCUGGUGGCUCUGGGGACCUGCUACUGGCAGGUGACCCACCAGCUGCAGAACGUAUCCAUGGAGCAGGCCACUGAGCGUGGCCACUUCUCACAGAAGGCACAGGUGUGGGAGCAGAACCUGGAGCAGACACAGCAGCAGUUGGCAUUGGUGCAAGAGGAGCUGCAGCAAGCGUGGCAGGAGGCCCACCACAGCCAGCAGGAGCUGGCCAGGCGGGAGGCUGAGCUGGUGCGUGUUUCAGGAGCCCUGAAUGUGACCCAAAAGGAGCUGCAGGAUGUGCAGGGGAAGCUCAGUGCCAUCAAGGAAGCAGUGAGCAGCCUGCAUGUCUGUCUGAACGGAGACUGCUGCCCCUCGGGCUGGCUGCUCUACCAUGGCAAGUGCAUCUUCAUCUCGGCGGCGAAGAAGAGCUGGUGGGACAGCUACUGGGAUUGUGUGGAGAAGCACUCCCGUCUGUUGGUCCAAGGUGAAUCGGAGUUGUGGGUGCUGCCGCAUUUUCUGCAAUCAGACAGUGCCAAGUACUGGAUUGGAGGAAUAUACCAAUGGCCGUUAGAUAUUCAGUGGCUGGAUAAGAAGCCGCUUAGCCAGGGAGAGUGGUUUGCCUACUGCGCAGCAACAGUCUCUGGGAAGAUAGUCCGGAAAAGCUGCAGAGAAGAAUAUGCAUGGAUCUGUGAGCAAGCCCCAAAUAUGAGCAGCGUAUCAGAGAGGAUCUUUCCUCUGCUGGCCGAAGGGUGACUCUGGCACUCCCUCUCCAUUACAGGACUUGGAAACAGAAGCUAGGGAUACAAAAGAAAGACAACCUUCCCCCUGUGCAUGGCACCAUGCUUGUGCCCUGUCAUGCUCCGGGGAGGUAGAUGGGGAAAGCAAGUGUUGGUGUUUUAAACCUUGUCUGUUUGUUUCUCACACUCAUGCCCAUCCUUGAUACUUGGCAAUAAAUUCAGGGCCUUCAGCAGCUAAUUCAAA